AUGGCUCCCAUGGCAAAGACAUUCAAAGCUGUUGCAAACAAGGUUGUGAAGAACCGAUCGAUCAAGCUUGGUUUCGUGGAGUCAACCGACAAAUGGAAGAGGAUUCAGUUGAGCAGCAAGGUCCAGAACGAAUUCAAUAAGAUCGUGGAGGACUACGCGAACAGUAUCAAGCCCGACGCAGUCGGAGUUUAUAUGCAGGAGACUCCACACCAGAGCGAGAAGGAUGCCCGAGAUCACUUCACCGCCGUCCAGGUUGAUAAGAACGGAAAGGUUCUCACCACCUCCCACUUUGCAGUCAAGAAGAAGUAG